CACAUUGGACACUGAAGACAUUGAAACAUCAUUGACUAAAAAAAUUAUUUAAAAAAACUGCCAGAGUGAGAUCACAAGCAAUAAUAGGCUAGGCUAGUGAUGAUACCAAUACUUAUAAUAAUACAGAUAAAUAAGCAGUAGGCCUAGCUGCAGUAGUCACGAGUUACGUUAUGUAAUAAAUGCAGCUGGUUUUUUUUCUUCAAUAAAGUUGCAUGACAAAAAAAAGAUAAAGUAUUAUUCACCCAGAGUAAGAGUGUUACGGAGGGAAAUGAAGAUGUCUUUAUCCCGGAUUCAGAGUUUAAGCCUGGCAGCAGUACUAAAGGACUGUUCAGACCAGUUGGACAUAGUUGGAUAUACUUUGACAGUACAGAUUGGCAGGGAGCAAAGCACUGCAGAGUCACAGGAGAAAGCCAGGCUGACCAAGCUAAGGAGAGACUGUCAGUACAUCUCGCAACAGGUGUCCAAGCUGUAUUUGGAGCUGGAGGAGAAGCAGAGUUUCAGUUCCCUGCUGCAGGUGGUAGAAGAAGAGGAGCAGAGGAGGGAGGAGGAGAACAAGAGAAGAGAGGCAAUGAGAGAGCUUGAGCAAAGGAAGCAUACUGUAAUGAGACUGGACGAGGAGAUCAUACAAAAAAAUAAGAAACUGAAGGACAUGGACCAGCAGCUCAGAGACCUGGAGCAGCAGCUGACUGAGCAGUCAUCACAGAUAGCAAAAGAGAAGAAGCUUGAGGAGAAAACCAUUGAGCGGGAGCUGCAGAAGACACAAUUGGAGACCAUGCAGACUGAGAAGCUGCUGGAGGACAAGCUGGAGCUUGUGCAGGUGAAGCUGAAGGAGGAGAAGAGAGUUCAUGAGGAGUCAGAGAAAUUCCUGCAAAAUCGACACAAGGAGUUGCAGCAGCUGCUGCAGCAGUGGCAGCAGAGCACAAAGCAGAUGCUGCAGGAGAAGGAGCAGCAGCUCAACAGUGUCAGCUGCAAAAGAACUGUGAAUUUGGACAGACUGACGGAAAUGAGGAGGAAGUUCAGGGAGAUGGAGCAGGUGGUGAUGGAGGACAGGGAGGAACAGGAGAAACUGCGUCAACAGCAGGCAGAGGUCAAAGCUGCUACCAAGCUACAGGCCUGGUGGAGAGGCUGCAUGGUCCGCCGGGGCCUCGGUAGUUUUAAAAAAGCAGAGGAAGGCAAGAAAGGGAAGAAGAAGAAGAAGGAAGGAAAGAAGAAGAAGAAAUGAGUUUUCUCC